GUGGCUUCGGCCUUCUCCGUGAGAGCUCGGCGUUUUCCGCGCGGGGCCGCGGCGCUCUCGGCGCUUGCUCCCUGGCUGGCUCUCCUCAGUCGGCCGCUGCCUGCCUGUCGCCGGGCUGGGAGAGCCUUGUGUGUGAGUGACGCGGCGGAGGUGUAGUUUGACGCGGUGUGUUACGUGGGGGAGAGAAUAAAACUGCGGCGAGAGCCUAGGCGCGAACGAAAGCAGUGACGGAGCAGCCCGUAACCGGUAACUAAAUGACCAUGGAAUCUGGUGCAGAGAACCAGCAGAGUGGAGAUGCAGCCGUUACAGAGGCAGAAACCCAACAGAUGACUGUACAGGCACAACCGCAGAUUGCAACGUUAGCCCAGGUAUCUAUGCCCACAGCUCAUGCAACAUCUUCUGCCCCAACGGUGACCUUAGUACAGUUGCCUAAUGGGCAGACAGUUCAAGUCCAUGGAGUUAUUCAGACAGCCCAGCCAUCAGUUAUUCAGUCUCCACAGGUCCAGACGGUUCAGAUCUCCACUAUUGCAGAAAGUGAAGAUUCACAGGAGUCAGUGGACAGUGUCACAGACUCUCAGAAACGCAGAGAGAUCCUUUCCAGACGACCCUCCUACAGAAAAAUUUUGAAUGACUUGUCCUCAGACGCCCCAGGAGUGCCAAGGAUUGAAGAAGAAAAGUCCGAAGAGGAGACAUCAGCACCUGCCAUCACCACUGUGACAGUGCCAACUCCAAUUUACCAAACCAGCAGUGGGCAGUACAUUGCUAUCACCCAAGGAGGAGCAAUACAGCUGGCUAACAAUGGCACAGAUGGAGUACAGGGCCUCCAGACGUUGACCAUGACGAACGCAGCUGCAACCCAGCCCGGCACCACCAUUUUACAAUAUGCGCAGACCACUGAUGGACAACAGAUUCUUGUACCGAGUAACCAAGUUGUUGUACAAGCUGCCUCAGGAGAUGUGCAGACCUACCAGAUUCGCACAGCACCCACCAGCACCAUUGCACCUGGCGUGGUCAUGGCCUCCUCCCCAGCACUUCCUACCCAGCCAGCGGAGGAAGCUGCACGAAAGAGAGAAGUGCGUCUAAUGAAGAACAGGGAGGCAGCACGUGAGUGUCGCAGGAAGAAGAAGGAAUAUGUGAAAUGUCUAGAAAACCGAGUGGCUGUGCUUGAAAACCAAAACAAGACACUGAUUGAGGAGCUGAAAGCACUUAAGGACCUUUACUGCCACAAAUCAGAUUAAUUUUGGAUCCCAUUUUCACUUGUCAAGGUGGGAUAGAGACUGGUUUUGCCCACAACCAGAAAGACAAAGUAAACUUUUUAUUUUCUAAACAUUUCUUUUUUUUCUAUGCGCGAAACUGCCUGAAAGCAACUUCAGAAUUUAAUUCGUCUGUGCUUUGCAUUAAACUGUGAAUGUUCAAACACUUGCCUCCACUUCUCCUCCCAAGAGAUUAUUUUCAUCACAACUAUCCUGAGCGUGAAGAAGAAGAAGAAGAAGAAGAAGAAAAGACUUCUUUCUCAUGCCCCCCAUCGUUUUCAAGGAGUAAUAAUGUUCAUUUGUGAAGACUUGGGGGAGAGGGGGUUCUUUUGUAUGAUUUCAAGAGUUUGUGCUGACCUCUUUUGAUUGCCUUAGGGACAGAAUCACCCCCAUCCUCUUGGCCUGAAGUACUUUGUGGACCACAUAUAUAUAAAAGUAGGUAUGGUGCGAUGAAGAAGCAAUGGUUGCCAAAUUGAUACAUAUGCAUUAUAAACAAUUCAAAUAUAUGGCUGAGUGACAUGCCAAACGAAGGGAGCUCCAUAUACAGAUUCUUAGUAUGGAGAGAAAAUUAUUAAACUAGCCCAGGAGGCUUUUUGGUGUGUCAUCUGUAAUCUCUCCGCCUUCUAGAUUGAUAAAAGCUUCUCCAUACCUCAGAAACCAUUUCCUUGAAAUUAGCUCCAUUAUUUGUCAGUUGUUGCUUCUUGCAGUAGGUGUGUGUGUGUCUGUGUGUUCAAUAUUUUGAAUACACUAAAAGAAAUCACCAACUGAGUGAAACAUCUGGAUAUUGGAUGGGAAAUGAACUCAAAGUACACAAAGGUACAAUAGUGAACAGCUUUUGUUUAGAAGACUGUUACAUAGUAAACAAGAGUAAUGCUUAAAGCCCUACCUGUUUUUAUUCAAGACAACUAUAUCACCAACUCCAUGUAUAAAUUCAUUGAUGAACAUGGAAUUCCUCUGAGUGUCUCAGCUCUACUCAAAUAAGUAGGUUAUCUGCAUUACUUUUAUGUUGAACACUGGUUUGCUAAAUUCUUUUUCAAACCCUGAGGCCUCCCUCUCUACUUAAAAUUCAUCUUUGUAAGACAACUUCAAAUAUGAGAACUACAAAUGUGACUAAAUAUUCCCUACUGAAUCCCACUUUUAGGGUGAGAACUGUGUUUGGGGAAAAUAUUGACUAUGAACCUGCCCAUCCUAACCAUAAAUGUACAUAAUUUAUUCAGUGGAUGGUUUUAAUGUAAAGGGCCAGAUCCAGCAAAUACUUUACUUAUUGAGUAAAGUUACUCACAUGUGUCAAACAUUUGCAGGAUCGGGCCCUUGAGUAUGCACUGAGGGGAUAGCUAUUUUUCCCAGAAAUACAUGGCAAGAAACAGUAGAUGUAUCAUGUUAAAAACAGUGAACUCUGUACUCAACAUUAGGAUUUCCAUUGUGUGUCAAAAAGAAUCAUGCUUAGUUUGUGUAUUGGCCCUUUAAAGCCAGACUGUGAUGUUUUAACUUGGUCAUUUGAUGAAAUAAGUUUGCUCUGGAUCUCAGGUCCUGGUUAUUAUUUCAAGCUUUGUGUAUAUAGACAUACACACAAGACUAUGGUCUGUACUAAUGCCUAGACUAUCUAAGUAUUAGCUAAUAGUUUCUCCUGUUCACUCAAUCUGUUUAAGGUAAAUUUUCAAAUUUAAGAUCAUUUUAAAUGGUGAGACAGCCAAGAUGGCAUUAUAAUAAAAGAGACUGAGAGGACUGUAACCAAUUGACUCAAACAGUUGUUAGCAGUAUUAAAAGUUCUGGCUUUCUUAUUUGAGAGGGCAUUCGGUUUCCAAGAGGUUUAAGAAAGAGCAAGGUUAAACUUGUAGCAUUAUUGUUUAAUCUUGGGUCAGAGAUAACUUCAGGUCAAGUUUUGUUGGUAUGUCAAAUUAAACAAAACUGGAACAUGAGUAUCAGGAUUAUGAAAGGAUAAGUUUUCAAAUCUAAGAUUGUCAAGUAGUUUUUAUACAUGGCCUAUUUUUAUCUGCAGUAGAGGAUUGAUUCUCCUUUUUUAUUUUAUUUUUUUAAAAUUUAGAGGUCACUUUAUGAGUUUAGUGAUGCAAACUUAAGGAAAGCCCCCAAAUUCUCAAAUGUGCUUUUAUUAAAAUUGGCAGAUUCUUAAAGAUGGAGAAUACAUAUAUUGGAGUGAAUUUGUGCCCCCACUCUAGACAAAGAGCUUACUAUAAAUGCAUGGUAUCGUCUCAGAAUUAGUGCUAGAAGCAGAAUCCCUGAUGAUAUUGCAGGAGUGGACUACUGAUUGCCUGAUUUAAACAAUUAUAUGUAAUAACUCCAGCUCUGAGAAUUAAAAAAGCUUUUUAAUACUCUACAUGAAGCAGGGUUUUUCUCACUACAGAACCAACUUUACAAAAACUUGGGUUUUGUGGUGAACCUGCAUGAAAUUAGUUGAUGAUCUCAGAUCUGUUCCUUUUAGAUAAUUGGCACUAAUUAGCACCUUUGUUAAUAGUCUCUCAGCAGAGAGAGACCAAGAACUGAAUAGGCUGUGGAGACUGAACUGUUAGCCCCAGAAGUGCUCCUUCCAGGACAAAGUGGAAACAUAUUGACUGGGCAGUGUGGGAAAGCUCACAUUGCUAAUGUCCAUGCUGUACAUGUCCGGUGGCUAGAAUCUUCAGGGUUAACAAUCCAGACCCUCAUCAGCAUUAAGGUUGCACACACAAAAAAGUUAAGCCUUCUAUACUACCCAAAGAUCUACAAGAAUCUUUAUUUUUGUGCAUGCAGCAUUGAGGAUUUGGGGACUUGAAUUUCUUUAAUGGAAAUGAAACAAGUCAAGAAUAAAAAUUAUCAUAUUAGACCAAGUACAGGGCUGGCUGAGUUUACCAGUAUAUGCUUUACUAUUCACAUUGGCCAAAAAGGGAAAGAAAAAGACAAUACAGGAAUCCAGUAACAAAUAGCAAGCUGUUGGGGGUAGUCAGCUUUUAUAAAUUAGGGCCAUUUUGCUGUAGAACAGAAAUUCUACUGAAACUAAAUGGGAGGCUUGUUUUAUAUCUCACGGUUGUGAGUUUUCAAGCGUCGAUAGCCUGGUUUAACUGAAGAGAGGGUUAGAAAGGGCUAGAUCCAUUAUGUUCAUAAUAAACAAGAAUUGAUUUCAAAUAUAA